AUGGGCCUUUCCAUGGGCACCGGCGACCCCAGAAGCCGGCCCAAGAGCGGGAGCAUCCCUCGGGGCCCUCUCAGGGGUGGAGGCACCCACAGGGGCCCUCCCCCAGUCAACGGCGUCCGUAGGGGCGCUCUCAGGUGCACCUCUGGCCCCAAGGGCCUUCCCAGGUGCGGCAGCGACCCUAGAGGCCCUCCCAGGUACGGCGGUGACCCCAGGUGCCCUCCCAGAGGUGUCAGCGACCAUAGGGGCUCUGCCAGGGGCGGCAGCGACCCCAGAGGACCUCCCAGGUGCGGUUGUGUCCGCAGAGACCCUCCCAGGGGCGGCUGCGAUCCCAAGGGCCCGCGCAGGGGCAGCUGA